AUGCCCGGGUUUGCGGACUCGUUCUGGACCCCCGACUAUGCUAGCGGGUUGGGGGUGCUGUAUGGGAAACUACAGCAAGGUGUGGUGGAAAACAAGCAGAUCCUGACCAUCGCUUCCAUGCGUGCAGAGGCGGAGGAACAGUAUGGACUCCGCAUGGGGGACAUUGCCCCGAGCGUGGACCGGAUGACAGCCGUCGGGUUCGGCAAGGACGACGGUGCGAGUGUCCGAAAGGCAUACGAAGGUAUUCGCACCGAGAUGGUCGAGGCAUCUAAAAACCACCAAAAGAUAUCCAGCAACAUCCGCGAGCUAGUUGUUACGCCGUUCCGUCGCUGGGGCGAACAGCAUGAGAUGCGUGUACAGUAUUCGCAUGACCUACUCCAGACUCGCAUCAAGGAACAUACCAAGCAGGCGGAGUUGGUCCGGAAGUUGCGCAGUACUUAUUUCAACAAGUGUCGUGUCGUGGAAGACUUGGAGGAAGAGAACAAACUUGCUUUCCAGGACCCCGAGACGAGUCCGAAGGUCAAGCCUCCACCCAAAAUUGUGCUUCCCACCGAGGAGGAGCCCGAGGAGGACCCCAUCGAGCUGGGCGAGAGGGUGUUCCCUCCAGAUCAUAUCAAGAAGCUCCUUACCCACAUGCUCGAUCAUAUCAAGCUUGGCGAGGCGAAGGUUCCCAUCAUCGGUACCUACUUGAACGUUUCUACUGGUGCGGACAUUGCGCAGUACAUCCAGACCUAUAUGGAAGCCGACAACCUUACUGAGGUAGAAAGGAUCGGACAGGACAUGGUAGACAACGGCUUACUUCGUUUGGUUGGAAACAUGGGCAAUGUCUUUGCCAACAGUUCCAAGAUGAACUACCAAUGGCGUCCCAAGGUUUUCCAGCUCACUGGCAUUCCCGAGAAAAAGAAGCCUCUCAUGCGUGUCACCUCAGUGGCCUCAAGUGAAGAUGGCAGCGGCAGCGAAUCACCCAUGUCAUCGGUCUCCGAAAUGUUGUCCGGUUGGAACCCUCUCAACAACCCCUACCCCAACGAAACACCAUCCGAGAAGCUUCGGCGAGAGGCUCUGGAGGCGGAUGAGCGAUACAAGGUUGCUGUCCGCAAGCUUGACCAAAUCCGCUGCCGCUUGGAGGAAGAAGUCAUCACUCAGCUCAAAUACAUGGAGCAGUGUGAACUCGACAGACUCAAGGCCAUCAAGGCUGUUGUCCUUGACUUCUCUGGUGCUAUCAGUAACGUCAUUCCCAACCUGCAGAGCACGGUGGACCAUAUGAUGCUGUACCAGGAGACAAUCCAGCCCCUUGGCGACCUGAGAUAUUUGCUUGAGAAUUACCGCACAGGAGGGUUUGUGCCCAAGAUCCAAGCAUACGAAAACUACUACGGCUCCGUUGAAGAACAAAACUUCGGUGUCGACCUCGAGGCUAGGGCUCGUGUUGACCGCAAGCGUGUUCCAAUCCUGCUUACUACCAUCCUGACCUAUCUUGACAAUCGCUACCCCGAGCUUGAAGGCGACGAGACGCGACAGAUGAUCUGGCUCACGGAUGUGGACCUCGCCCGGACGCACAAGCUUCGUUACGCUUUGAACAACAGCAAGGCGGACUAUCAUGAAAUCCUACCUCAAUACGAGAUCCCUGUCAUUGCAAGCGUUUUGAGAUUGUACCUACUUGAGUUGCCAGACUCCCUGGUCUCCUCCCAAGUCUAUGAAAUCGUGAAAACCAUUUACUCUACCACCGCCCAUGAAACCACGGAAGAAGGCCGCAUCAAGGUUCUGCAGAGCACCCUUGGGCAGCUUCGCCUCGUGAAUAUUGCUACGCUUGAUGCCAUUAUGACUCACUUCACACGCCUGAUUGACUUGACCUCUGCCGACGAAGAGUACAUUACGGCAUUGGCUCAGGCUUUCUCCCCUUGCAUUCUCCGUCCUCGAUUCGAGAGCAGCUUGACGAUGAACGAACGCCACAGCUACCGCCUAAUCCGCGACCUGUUCGCCCACAAGGAUUCCAUCUUUGGUGAGCUCAAGCGCCAAUCGAGUGCCCUUGGCGUCAACAGCGCCGGUCACCAGUCUCGUGCACGAUCCAUCAGCACUGAUGAGAGCAACCGCCGCGCAGCCAUGGAAGCCCGCCAGCGAGCCAUCGUGAACCGCAGCCGUGCCACUAGCCCUGCUGCCCGCCAAAGGCACCGACGCGACCGCUCCAGCGGCGCCUCUGAAAUGGGCCGGUUCCCAAUCAACGUUAAUAGCCCCUCCUCCAUCGCGGACCGCAGAGCCGUCCGCGGCCCUAGCCUAGACGUGCCGGCCAACGAAUCCUCUCACGCCGCAGCUGACACACCUGCCGUGGUCACCCCGGCUUCUGAGCCGGCCACCAAUGGCGCUCCUGCUGAAUCUCCUGUUUCGACUGCUAGUAUCAGUGGUUACUCAGGCUCACCCAGCCCCCCGCCUGUCUCCACUCAACUCGAGACUGAGACUGUCUCCGACGGUUCCCCGACUCCCACUCCCACACCGGCUGUCGGAUCCGCGGAAUUCGAGAAGCGGAACUCAGUAUCUCGCUCUUCGGCUCGCUACAGUGGUCGUAAGCCUGGCCUUGGUAGCCUGUCGAAUUUCUCCACUACGGCCUCCGGCGUUGCGGGCACAGAUAGCAACCGCAGCAGCAUUGCAGAGAGCGAGCCUAACAGAGUCACUCUGGAAGACAAGCCCAUGGACGACUAA